CAAUUACAAUUUUAGACAUGGACAAAGAGACAGUAAACGUUAUAUCCAGGCUUAAAAUAUUCAAAACGGAAGCGUUGCUUGGUGGAUGGGUGACAACCUUAAAAGAACAGUUAGAAAUUCAUAGUGAAAAUGAGGUUUUACUAAAAGGAGAAGUCUUAACAAGAAAUCGAAAACAUCGUUUAAAGGAACAUCACAAGUUUGUUUCUCAGAAUCGAGACUACUCCGCAAUCUGCAAUGAAAUUGUGGAUUUUCUUGUAAAUUUUUUGCAGGAAAGAUUCGAUAUUGAUGCGGAUACUGUUAAAAUUUUGAAACCAUUCACUGAGCUAGAGCCAUCCGUUGAUAUGAAAGCAGUUCAUAAAUUGAUAGGAAACGACUUAGAUCUUGCUGAACUUUCAAUGGAAUAUUCGGAGCUUCUCACUCAUAAAAAUAUUGAGCAGUUAAAAAAAAUCAGCUUAAAAGAAACUCUUCAGGCUUUAGUGAUGACAAAUUUUUUUCCCAAUGUUUCUGUUAUAAUGGCCAGAAUUGUUGCAGUAAAACCUCAUUCCGCUGAUGUUGAAAGAGUGAUUAGUGUGAACAAUUUGUUGAAAACCAGCAAUAGAAGCAGUCUAAGUAUUGAAAGCGAGAAUGAAUAUCUAUAUAUUUAUUUUAAUCUUCCUCCAUUAGCCGAAUGGAAUCCUCGUCCAGCAAUUAAUGAGUGGUUUAAGAAAAAAAGGAGAGUUAGAGAAACUGUUACGGCGUAAGAACAAGAGUGGUAUAAGGGAAUAUUUAUAAGUGCAAAUGAUAACCAAAAAGAUUCGCAAACCGAAGAAAAAGUUCCUACGAUAAUGUUUUAAGUUUUGUUUGUACUGAUUUCAAUUUUGAGAUAACUUAUUUUUUUAUUACAUAUUUUUCUGUUUCCUUUUUUUAAAAUUUUAGGAUUUAUUGUAAUAAUAAAACACUAGUCAUCAUCAAAUGUAGCACUUUUUUUUACCCCCACUAACCUACUAAAGUCUUUAUGAAAUUUUAUGCUUUAAAAAACGUUUUUACUAACAUAAAAAGCAAAAAAAAAUGUUGCCUGUGUCCCCACCGAACCCCCCGCAUAGCUCUGUUAUCCGAAAAGUACUUCGUUAUGUUUGAUGUUUAUGUUUAUGUUGAUGCACAACAUAAAAAAAGGACAGUGGGUAGUAGAAAAAAAACAUUACAAUAAGGCCUGCAAAAAGAAAUGAUUAAAUUAACAAAAAGUAUAUUGAAAGUAUUUUGAUAAAUUUGUUGACUUUAGCGGAAGAUUUUUUUUAAUAUUUUCAAACUCGAUUUACCUUGAUCUAUUCCCUGUGGAUAGAGGAUAAGAAUACUUCCAUGGCCCCUCUAUUAGUCGUAAGAGGCGACUAAUGAGGUUGCGUCAGAUCGACAACCGGCGUAAAAUUUUGUCAAAAAGUAUGAGGAGUCCUGAAGAAAACUUAGUCGGAUUUUUCCAUCUUAGAUGUACGCAGGAACAACAGGUGAGAGAAAUGUAAUAUGAGGAUGGUGAUAUAAGCGUAGAUGAUGUAAAAGAUCGUAUCGAGUGGGAGUUUAGGAUAAGGUUAGGCCGACCCCAAAUAGUUGGGAAUAGGACGAGAAAAAAGAUGAAUCUCGAUUUACCUAGAUGAAACCAAAAAGUACAUAUAUGUAUAUAUAUACAGGGCAAUCUAUUUAUUUUAAACCACUCAAUUUUUUGCCAACUUAACUCAGUGUUGAAAAAAAAAUCGGUUUGAUUAUUUAGAUUUAUUAUAUAGAAAUUUUUCUAAUUUUAAGUUUUGUUUUAUCAUUACAAUAAUAAGAGUUCAUAAAUGUAAUUUUUUUCUCAUGAAAAAUGACACAAUCGCCAUUUUUCCUCUUUAUAUAGUUUUACCCCGGUCUCUCCCCAGCCUAUAUUAAAAUUGUCAUAACUCCUAAAGUACUGUUUCAAAAGUUGUUAUCAACUGUUGUGUUGUUAGGUGAUAUUUUAAUAAUUAUAAUAAUUAAUUACACCGUAUUUAACUUUAUAUUAAUAUAUAUUUAACUUUUUAUAUAUAAGAACUUAAACAACA